AUGCAACAUGACGAAACGGUUCUGAUGUCUCUUCCCUCGGCCAGACGGGCCAUGACACGCGCCCAGGCGCGCGAUUUCAUUACCUCGCUCGCCGAGGCGAAUCCCGAUGCCGAGAGCGAACUCGACUAUAGCGAUGCUUUCUCGCUUCUGGUCGCGGUGGUGCUUUCGGCGCAGGCGACCGAUAAAUCGGUCAACAAGGUCACGGCGGGACUCUUUGCCGACGCACCCGAUGCAGCCGCGAUGGUCGCGCUCGGUGAAGAGGGUAUUGCCGCGCAUAUACGUACCAUCGGGCUCUGGCGCGCCAAGGCGAAGAACGUUCUCAAACUCUCCGAACAGCUUCUGGCCCUGCAUGAGGGAAACGUCCCCGCCGACCGGGCCGCGCUGGAGGCUCUGGCAGGGGUGGGGCGCAAAACGGCCAGUGUUGUGCUCAAUGUCAUGUUCGGUGAAAGCGCCAUGGCGGUCGAUACGCAUAUCUUCAGGCUAGGCAAUCGCACCGGGCUGGCCCCCGGCAAGACCACAAGAGCUGUCGAAGACGGGCUAAUCAAGCGCAUCCCGCCCGACAUGCUGCGCCCGUCGCACCACUGGCUCAUUCUGCAUGGGCGCUAUGUCUGCAAGGCACUCAGCCCCGAAUGCUGGCGCUGCGUUGCCUUCACGCCUUGUCUUUUCCCGCUCAAGACCCAGAUUCUGGAUCGAAAAGGAGAGCUUGCAUGA